GUGACGGCGGCGUAAACUGCUGGCGGCAGAUAAGCUGUGCAGGACAGAGCAGCGGCAGUCGUCGUCAAGCAGGAGCAUGUGGCCGCUGGUGCUGUCGCUGGCGCUCGCGCAGGCACCGCCGUUGGGAGCACACGCCGCAGACCCGCUGCUUUGCGCCACCACCGAGGAGAUGGCAAAGGCGGCCGGGUACGCCGUGGAGGCUCACAAUGUGCGCACCGCGGACGGGUACGUAGUAAGGCUGGACCGGCUGGUCGGUGGGCGCCAUGGCGGACAGCCGGCGCUUCUUCUGCACGGACUCUUCUGCGCCUCUGACCUCUGGCUGCUAAGGGGUCCCGGCGCCGCCCUCGGGUACCUACUUGCAGAUGACGGCUACGACGUGUGGCUCAUGAACUUCAGAGGAAACAGAUACAGUGCUAGACACACAACCCUGAAUACUUCGGAUCCCUCAUUCUGGAAAUUCAGCUGGCACGAGAUGGCCGUGUGGGAUCUGCCCGCGGCCAUAGACCACGUGCUGGCGGUGACGGGCUGGCGCCAGCUGCAGGCAGUGGGCCACUCCAUGGGCAACACGGCGCUGCUCGCCAUGCUGGCCUCGCGGCCGCAGUACGCGCGCAAGCUGGCGCUGGGCUCGCUGCUGGCGCCAGUCGCCUACAUCCACACGUUCAGGGUGCCCUUCAGCAAUUUUCUGCUCGCUGACUGGCGUCACAUCCAGAGCCUCCUCCAGCGAGCGCGCAUAUACAGAGUUCCGCCCACGACCAAAGAAUCUUGCUCGCUGUUGCAGAAGACUUGUGGGGACGACAAACCUACGCAAGAUCUCUGUCUGAACCUCGUUCAAACUCUUUAUGGGUGGGAUCCUCAAGGUUUAAAUAAGUCGGCUCUGCCAUUCUACCUGUCGCACAUGUUUGCUGGCGUGUCUGUGGACACUAUUGCUCACUUCGCACAGAUUAUUAAGUCAGGUCGGUUUGAAGCCAUGGACCGCGGCCCAGAGGAAAACUUGCGUCGCUACGGAUCGACGAGACCACCUGCUUACCACCUGCAGACAAUAGACGCCCCGCUCGCUCUAUACUACGCUGACAACGACUACGAGUUGCACCCUAAGGGUGUGAUGCGGCUGGCGCAGGAGUUACAGAAUGUUGUGUCAAUCGAACGUGUGCCGGAGACAGCAUUCAACCACAUAGACUUCCUUUUGCACAAGCGGGUGCUCAGCCUGCUGUACAGCAGCGUCAUGGCAGUCAUGCAGCGAUUUCGUCACAGCAUUGCAGCCAACAUCUCUCCGUAGCAAGCUCACAGAAAACUACUUUCUAACCACCAUAUAAAUUUCCAUUCCAUACAGACAGAUUAUACAACAGGGAGAUGCCAGUCUCAUACACCAGUAAACAGUUAAUGCAAUGUACAUGGUAAACAAUUGUUUCAAUAGUUUUAUUUGAGUAUGGCUGAAAGUCUAUGUAGGUCUUUAUUAUUCCAUCAAUACAAUAAAACUGAGCUUCCCGAAAUAUGUUGCACAUUAUUUGCAUCACAAAAUGAACAUUUUAAUAUGAGUAUAUUUCAUAAGAACUAUUUUGACAAACCAAAGCUCAAUAUUGUCAUGAGAAGACAGAGCUAUGUGUCUGAAACAUGUAAAGACGGGUACUGACAAAAUUUAGUGACUGGUUACAGUGUUGGUUUUAACAUAAACCUUUGCCAUCCACCUCUUAGUUUUACAAACUCAUAUCCACCUUACAAGUUUUAAAUGCUUCUCCCUUAACUUUAAUUGAUUUUCCAAAUUCCCCUUGGUUUCCUUUACUGCUUACUCAAUCUACAGUUGGAAUGAAAGAGGUAAUAGGCAACAAACCUGUCUCAUUCCCUUCUAUGUUGCUGCCUCUGUUUCAUUUCCUUCAGUUCUUAAAACAGCAUUGUUUUUUUUCAGUUCAAGUUGUAUAUAACUUUCUUCUCCCUUUAUUUUAGCCCUUAUAACUUCAGAAUUCCAAAGAGUUAGUUCCAGUCGAAAGCGUCAAAACCUUUUUCUAAAUCUACAAAUUAUAUAAAUGUGGGUUUUCCUUUCUUCAAACUAUCUUCUGGUAAGUUGUAGUGUCAGUAUUGCAUUGUGUGUAUUUAUAUAUCUCCAGGACCCACAAUGAUCUUCCUCCUGGUUGUCUUCUACCAUUUAAUCCAUAUGUUUACAGCCAUGUCUUAUUAAAUUGGUGGUUCGGUAAUAUUCACUCCUGUCAGCACCUGCCUUUUUUGGUUUUCGAAUUAACAAAUUGUUCUUGAAGUCUGAAGGCACUUCGCCUGUCUCAUAUAUCUUUCAUAUGAGAAAGAACAAUGUUUGUCAUGGUUAUUCUUCAAAUAACAUUAAUAAUUCUGAAGUAAUGCCAACAGUUCCAGGUGCCUAGUUCAGUAUCGUGUUAAGAUGCAAUAAUACCUAAUUCAGUUAUAUUGUCUGUAGUGGAUUACUGCUACUGACAACACAGUGGUACUGUGCUUAAUUUGCACUUACACAAGAGGAAAUAAUUACUAAUAACUGCUUACAAUGAAUAUAAAUGUACUGUUAGUAGCCUACACUACUAAAUUAUCUGGAACAAAAUUAUGUUAAAACAUCAGGCCCACAGUGAUAUUUGUUGUCAAUAACUCAAUUGUGGCAAACAUGUUCAGUUAAUAAAAUAUAUGCUGAACUAUGGUAAUUAUGUAGUGUAUUGCAGUAUAGCUGUCACAAAAAUGCUGAGUAAUUCGUGACCAUACCUGUACAUGCACAAUUGAAGAACAUGAGUAAUAUGUGAGAAUAUGUAUCUACACUCAGAAUUGAACAUGCUUUCAAUAAGCGCUAAAUUAAUGUUUAUAAAACAGCUGGUCAUAGUUGCUCAUUCAUAUAGAAUUAUGCAAAAAAAUUCUUCCUUAGUCUCAUCUAUGUCUGUAUGCUUAUUUUAUCUUGUUGUUAUGUAUGCUUUGUAGACUCAUCCCAAAAGGUACAACAACAGGAGCCAACUAAUUGAAAAAUAUAGUGAAAUGCAAACCAGCUUGUAACAAGCGUAUUUCAUCAUUUUAAUCCAAUAAAACUCAAAACAGUAAUAAAUUUAACAUCAAACUUAUUAACAUUAGAAAACACUAAAUUAUUAACACAAUAUUCAAAUCAAAAGAUGGAACAAUAUAUAAAAGUAUCACAAAUUGGGGUAUACACAAUGAAAUUGACAAACAGCACACAAACUAUUAAAAAAAUUUCAUUUUCCUGACACAACACAAAAAUCUACAGUAAGCUCUCAUGUUACUAUUCUUUAGAUGCUUUUCAGGAGGGUUGCAUGAAUGUGGCUUCCUCAAAUUGAAUGUGAUCCCUCUGUCUCAGUUUAUACUUAAAACUGCUGCCAGAUAUUUAAAAAUAAUCUAAAGAAAAGCAAAACAUUCUGUAAAUACCAAAAAUGUGACUCAUGUACAUGUAACAUUUGAACUUUUACUGAAAAAAAAUUGUUAUUUCCAUGUGAAGGAUAUCAGCAUCCCAGAAAUUUUCUUAUCAAUUGCACAGGUUUCAAGCACUGUACAUGAUGCAUUCAUAACAUUAUAGAACAAAUUUUACAUUAAAAUGGUAGUACCUCAGAAGGAUAUUAUCACAGCGAUAAAAUGACAUUAACAGCAAAGUUACUUUCACAUUGCACAUCUUAAUACCAUUCUACUUGAUUACAAACUAGAUAGUUAGUUCAGGAAAUGUACGUUACUAGUUUUCCUAAGAGUAUUUCCAGUGAAUGUACGAAACAGAACAUUUGUUAUAUUUCUGGGAAAUUUUAUGGAAAUUAGUCUUGCUCUACAGGACUUGGCUGUAGUUACAUUCAAAUAAAUACUACUCUGCUUCUUUGGCUCAUUUUUAAUACAUCACAGCAAAUAUGGCUUUUUUUACAUAAUAUAGUUAAUACUGCUAGCAAUCAGCUUUACAGCUCACCUUAUCACCACUCGUAAGCUUUACUUUUCAAGCACACUUACGGAAACAACACACUUUACCACACAUUCACAACUCUCACUGAACAAUUUACAACUCCCACUUCACAAUUUACAAAAUCCUUUGCAAAGUUCAUUAAGGCACUUAAAGUGUGUGUAUGUGUGAAGAGGACUACUCUCUCACUUUUUGUAAAGAUUAACAAAACACCUAAUUUUAAAAGAACUAUAUGUUUAAUUGAUUAUGUAUUGCAACACUUAAGUCAGAUAACUGAAUCUAUCCAAUGACUAAAUUCAUCCUUGUUACACUACACAGGUCAUUUAUCAACAUUAUGGAAUGUAACUAGUGUUUCAGUUGCAGAUUACUUCUUUCUGAAUAGUUCAGUUAUCCAAGCUAUUCUAAAACUGAUCUAGACUGUUGAUAUAUGACACAUCUAAUUUGAUAACAUUAUAGAAUUAAACCAUUUUAAUAAAAAUAUUUAUCUUCAAUAUUUUAAAAAACACACACAGUGACAAACUAGUAACACUUGCCAUACAUUAGAUGAAAUCAAGAAAGACUGCCACCACCCACAUUGCAGAGAUGACUGAUAACAAUUUCAGUAGCAAAGAUACUGAUAAUACAGGAUUUCCCUAAAACUUACUAAGAUUCUAACAGAAUCCUUGUGAGGUUCUACAUAAAACUUUCCCUUGAAUUAUGUCUUCUCUUGAAUAUAAUUUACUCCAGACCCUGUGAGCAGAAAACUGUUUCUAGCAAUUGGACGAGAGCAGAGAUCUCAGCAGUCUAGAAAAAAGGCAACAGAAUUGAUACAGUUCACCCUACAUCAAUCAGAUUUGUCUGUAGCAUUAAUCAAGAAUGUCUUCUGUGUUGACACAUGAUGAAUCAGCAUGGUUUCUAAAAAUAUCAUUCAUGUGAUGCUUAACUCAACUCAUGCUGCUGAUAGAUGAUCUCUUAACAGCCACUGCUAGACUCAACAUUUGAAAAGAUUUUUAUUCAUCUUUGCACUAAUACAUAAUGAAGAAGGUACAUUUGUAUGAAACAUCGUGCUGAAUUUACACUUGAUUAAGGAUUUCCUGAAACACAGAAAAUAUCACCUUAUCUUCGACAGGGUCAUGAACAAAGACAAAACUGAUAUUGGUUGUGACCCAUAACAGUUCACAUUAUAUUUUAAUGACUUCAUAGAUAAUAUUAGUUGAAAUGUGAGAUUUAUUUCUAUAGAGUGUGUGGUUAUCUAUGAGGAGACCUGCCCAGGUAGCUGUGCAUCUUGAAAUGCGUCUUCCAGGAUGGACAGAUGUGCCAGUCCCAGACUGAAUAUGAUGAGGGUCAAUGAGCUGGCCAGUCUGCACGUGGUUUUUAGGCACUUUCACAUGUCCCAUUAGGUGAAUACCAGGCUUGUACCCAAGUACCUCAGUUAUAUGACUCGCAAACAUUUCAAAAACUUUCACACACUUUCACAUGAAUAACACUACAUGAGAGUAUUGUGGUAUACAUAUUCCAUCCAGAGCAGUAAAGGGGUGGUGACAUAAAGGGCAUCCAGCCACCUCUUAAAUUAAUUAUGCCAACCCUGGGCCAAUUCAGAACAAAGGCACAAGAAAAAGAAGAAGAAUUGGUUAUCUAUAAGGAAAUGUUAGACAAGAAAAACUGCACAAAUACCCUAUCAGAUAUGGACACAAGAGUGUAGUCAGGAUAUGAAGUGAGAGGGUGAAGGGUGGGAGGCGCAACUGAUAUAUUAAUUUAAUGGUGGAUGGCAAAAUAGUUUUGAGAUUUCAAGACAUAUGAUUCUGGGUACACAUGCUUACUAGUCAGUAGCCUUUAUUCAGAUACUGAGUUGAAUUGAUAUAGCAGUGUAUGAUGCAAUGCAGGAUGUGUGUUCAGUUUUUGAAGAUCAUUUUUUGUAGAGGAGAGGUGUCAGACAACUGCUGCCCCCUAUCCUACCCCUCCUUCACUGUCUGGAAUUGAUUACAGUUCCAUAUAGAAGUGGGUAACUGACUCUAAAUGUUGAAAUGUGUUUGCUUUGUGAAAUAUCAAACUGUAGUAACCUUUGAUUACAUGAAUUCAUAAGUCACAACUGCAGUCAGUUAUCACAUUAAGUAUCUGGAAUUAAGAUGCAGUGGUAAGUAAAAAACAUGACAGGAUCAGUGUAAUUGGUAGCAUACUGAAGACAUGCAGUUUUUUUGCAAAAGAGAUUAGCUAUAAAAUAUUUGAACAGCAUAUACUGAAAUACUGCCCACAUGUGUGAGAGCCAUACCAUGUUGGAACAGAGUGGGAAAUAAUGUACAAAGGUCAGUGUGAAUUGCCAAAGACAGCUGGAGUGGCCAAGCGGUUCUAGGUGCUACAGUCUGGAACCGCGCGAGCGCUACGGUCACAGGUUCGAAUCCUGUCUCGGGCAUGGCUGUUUGUGAUGUCCUUAGGUUAGUUAGGUUUAAGUAGUUCUAAGUUCUAGGGGACUAAUGACCUCAGAAGUUAAGUCGCAUAGUGCUCAGAGCCAUUUGAACCACUUUAAUCGCCAAAGGUAUGCCGACUCGAGGAAAAAAAAGGUUAUUAACAUCCUGUCAAGACUGAUGUUAUUAGAUGGAAGGAAGGAAGCUAGGCAGAUUAAGGCUUAACAUCCUGGUCAGGAGAGCAUUAGAGACAAAGUAAACAGUCAGACUGGACAAGGAUACAGAAAUAAAUUGACCAAAUACUUAUCAAAAGACCAUACUGGCAUUUUCCUUAAGCAAUGUAAAGCAACUAUGGAAAAACCACAAUUGGGAUGGUCAGAUAGGGAUUUCAACACCCUCCACUUGAAUAUGACUCCAGAGAGUUAGCAAUGUGCACAUCGCUUGGUGGGAAAAUUAGAAAUAGAAUUGUCUGGAUUUCUGAAAAAUCUGAACUGAUAGAUCUUAAAUGAAAAUACACAAUGUCUCAUGAAAAUGUUGUCAGGAAACCCCAAGAGCUGAUUUUAGAGCAGAAUCCUCCACCCAGGACAGAAUGUUAUUAUGGGACCAUGAAGAAAAACUUUUACUAAUAAACGCUUGAAUAGAGGCAAUAAA